AUGGGCGAGUCUGGUUCCAUAACAUCCUUUACUGUUGGAGAGAGAACCGAUAGUUAUUCUCACGGCCAUGGGCACUGUAGUAGCCACGAGCCUCAAAAUCGCCAAGCUGAUGUUGGUGGUCCUGUAUCUUUACAUGACCUCUUCACGCUAGCUGGUGGUGAUGAUCAACAUUCUACAGACGAUGACAACAAUGGGAUUGCGGAUGAUAUUUUUUCUCAUCCAUCAGAGAAUGUGCCAUCGUCCGGCAGUAUUACUAGUGCGGGAGCCUCGCCAGAUUACAGCGACGCUCCAGUCCGCGAUGUUGCUACCCGCCUGGAAGAACAAGCGACCUUUCAAUCAUCGCCAAAACCGCAGGCGAAGUCGGACAGACAUCGCUCAAAACGACAUCGCCACGCGCUCUCUAAGGCACCAUCCGUGAUAUCUGACUCGGAAGACCCCGAGUCUGAUUUUGAGGAUUCGAAGUCUGACGCCGAAACGGAUGGUGACGAAGCUUCAGGUGGCCGGUGGGAAUACACACGCAUUGUGGCGCGCCGUAUUGAUUCUUCUGGUCGUAGGAUGGCAAAAGUUAGGUGGAAGGAUACGUGGGAGCCUGAGGGCGAGCUGAAUGGCUUGGAGACAGCGUUACUACUUGAUGCAAAGCGGAAACAGCGAGAAGAGCAAAGCUCCAAAGAAAUAUGUCUAAAAUGCGGAGCGCGAAAGCGCAAGAAUUUUGCAUAA